GCUGUUUCAAUUUUUUCCAUCGUAGUGUGAACAGGGCCUCAGUCAGUAAAAGGGUAUUCACGAUUAUAUAUGUUUUUUUACAAAUUUAUUUCAAGGUUAUUCGAAGUUAAACUAUAGUCAAAAGAAUGCUAAAAAAAAAACAUUUGGAGAUCGCGAAAAUGAUUUGUCGGGCCAAAGAACACCAAUGAUGUGCUUCACAUAUAAUUUUGAUAUUACCCUUAGCAUACACCCCAAUAAUAAUCGGUUAUUUUUCUCAUCCGCUUCUUUUCCCGUUUUAAUCCAAAUAAUCAGUUCAAGGCCUUCUUUGCAACAAAAACACGAUCUUAGGCCUGGGUCAAACGCCGUACUUCACAUGAGCCGAACUUAAUGAAAGUUUGAGUUGACUCAAAUAACUAAAGGAACGCCUGUUUGAGUCAAACGUCGAACUUAAUUCAGUCGAACCGAUCUGCUACACCAAACAAAUAACCAAAGCGGUCUUGCUGGUCUGUGGUUUUUCAAGGUAAAGUCAAAAUGGCGCCUUUAGACCUUUGAUUAUGCGUUUGGUUCGAUUCAUGUGAAGAUCGGCGUUUGACCCAAAGUCGGUCUUCAGGCGUUAUUCACGGCUGGCCAGGCGUGAAUAACGCCUCAACCACUCCAAAUAAAAUCAGUCGAACUUAAUUGGGUCGAACGCCGAACUUCACGUGAGCCUAAUUGGUUGAAUUGGGUUCGGCUCAUGUGAAGUACGGCGUUUGACCCCGGCCUGAGCGAUGUAAGCUGAAACUGGGCAGAAUACAAUUUUAAUGUUUCCGUGCUUUUAUGUCUACAUUUCCAUGCAGUCCUGAUCCUGGAAAGAAUUAUAUGGAAUUUUUUGACAUUAAGGGUUAAUCCUAGAGUACCCCGCGAGCAGUUGGUUUCUCCUAAGCCGAACGAGUUUUACCAGUUCAAAGUUAAUUUAUUUGUCCAUGGCGCUGGACGGCGGUUAGCUCAAAACAACGAACGGUUGCUCGCAGUGGUUUCUCUCUCGCUCGGCGUAGGAGAAAGCAACAUGCUCACAGGGUAAUCUUAGGGAAGUCAUAACCAAAAAUUCACUCUCUUAUUUCAGGUCGACUCGGCUAUCGAGUUUAAAGUUUUUUCCCGCCCUUUGCCACAAGUCCUUCUCGACCUACAUCACGAUGUUACAAACAUCAAUUGGCGUAAAAGCUUGUGAGAGUAUCCACCCUCGCUGACUCUUUGAAUUGCAACCCACAAGACUAACGUGGUGUAAGAAAAUGUGAUUGGCUAGCCUCUUCCAGGCGUUUCCACCAAGCCUCUCUCUCCUUUUUGUAUUCUGCCGCUUUUUUUCGCACUGCGCCCCAACUAACUGGACGCGUGGAAGAGGCUAGUGAUUGCCUAAUACCGGUUACGAAUCUUCCUGUGGUCCUGACUCACAUCCAGUCUUUAUCCGGUUGGAAAAAAUGAACAAUCUAAUCUCGGGCAGGGCGCUCACAUGUAGGCAACUUUCUUGAACCUGUCGAGUGCGCGCCCUGAACGUAAAGGCUGUUUUUCUCGCUAGAGAAAAAGUUUUGCCAUUCUCCCGGCUCGCUGAUCAGUUAAAAUUGCUUCACAAGCGCUAAAGAAUAAAACAAUUGCCCAAGAUUAUCUGCAAGUAACGACGUACUGCAUUCUGGUAUAUCUCAUGUCCAUAUGUAGCUGCAAACUCUUGACGGAACUUCUUUUUCAGCGUUUGUGGGGAUCUAGACAUGAUUUCGCUCUAGAAGCCCGCGACUUGAUCGUCUAUCGUGACUGUUUCCAACCGGAUAAAUGGCCGCUGGGUAAGGGUCAGCUGUCAGCCAGCAACAAAAGUCCAUUGUGUUCAAUUCAAAUCAAAACCAUAAUGAAAGAAAAGCAUUAUAGGCUCAUAAGAAAAAAAAGAGAAAAUUUUUCAGAUUACAGAGUUCAAUAUUUUGAUUUCUCUAUUAGAUAAAGUUAACUGCUAACUUAAAUGCUCAUACUCCUUACUGUUGAGACAAAAACGAACUUUUUCGAAAAAGUAAAUGAAUUACAAUAAGCGUCACAAAAUGUGUUCAACAAGAAAAUACAAAGGCCUCGGGACAAACACGGGAUAAUUAGAGUGAAUGCUAAUUUUACGGUAAGCAAAGUCGUUUGCACUGUCGAUCACUAUAAAUAAUCCACGCUGAUUUUGUGAGCUAUUAUGGGGGAAUAGAAGUAUUAGUGGAAUGCAAAAGACAAUUUUAGCAAUAUAACUUAAACUUUAAGGUUCUUGGUUGAGUUUUGCUCUCUUAAGUUUCGACAUUUGAAGUAAAAACACGCCGAGCUUUUUUAUUUUCAGAGACUAAACAUUUUUGGAGAAAGCCAACGGUUUCUAUAGUUACACAGUGAGAAGUGAAAGCAAGUUUGGAUAAUGUACAAUAUGGUCUGAACCAGAGUGAAAUGCCGUAUUUGAGUUCAGUCAGUUCUACGUCUGUAGAGUUAAAUUAAACCGCCAUUAAAAAAAAAAAAAAAAAAAAAAAGGAAAAGAAAGAAAGGGGAGAGCUUCGCAGUGUGGCAAAACUGAAAGACGUAAGGUGCCAAAAAUACUUCAUGAUUAGAAUGAGUGACCAUGGUUUCCAGUUGACAGCGAUUCUUAUUACCAGAAAAAUAUAGCAAUUCAGAACAAAACCGACGAAGCUUCGUGCUGCGACAAGCAUAUCUCUUCUUUCCUGAUGGCUUCUCUGCCUCAGCUGGUUAAAAAGAAUCUUCAUAUAUAUUGAAUGCCAACAGAACUUCUUGAAUCUGUAUUCUCAGGAUUCACCGGCAUGGAACACAGCCGUCAGAAGCCCUGUCCAUUUAAGGAAAAUGGCGAGCCAUCAGUUUCAUUUUAGAACAGACACAAGACUCAACAUACGGCACUUAACGGAUUAAUGUGCUUCGUGCUUUAUUUUUUAAAUAGACGAUUUUAACCUUCGAGGAAAAUAGUACUGAAAAUAGUAUCCACAACAAAGCGUCACUCGAAGCUAUACAUAAAAUAAACACAAGAAGAACAGAGAAAAUGAAAGAAAAAGCGAGUCAAGAAAGACUGGAAAAAGACAAGAUAAACCCUUUGAAAGACUGUGACGCUGAGGACAAGUACGACAAUGUAAUUUCGCUUCGGGAAGAAAACCUUGCCUCCACAUUUGAGACAUUUUGGAACAUAAGCAACACAAUUCAGGGAUUACCAAUUUUGGUCAUCCCUUACGCUGUCAGAAAUGGCGGCUACUUAGCUAUACUGACUCUAUUACUAGUUGCUGUGGCUUCUAACUACACUGGAAAAACCAUCGUCCGGUGUCUUUAUGAAACAGACCCACAAAGCGGGAAACGAAAGCGGGUCCGCAAUUCGUACGCAGAUGUCGGCGACGCUUUCCUUCCAAAAAUCGGCGGCCAUCUUGUCCUCUGCACUCAGUUCUUGGAGUUGCUUUUCGUUGCCUCAGUUUAUCCGUUAUUGGUUGGAGAAUUAUUAGCUAAGUCUUUCCCACAUGUCGCCGCUUCUUGCUGGCUUUGGACGCUGAUAGGAGGCGUUCUUUUUGUUCCAAACAUGUUUCUUAGAAACCUGUCACAAGUUGCAUGGACAAGCAUCUUGACAGUGUUGUCAGCAAAAGUUAUUUUCAUAACAGUGCUCGCUUACGGUCUGUUGCAUUUUCAGAAAUGGGAGCUUAGUUCCUUGGAACAUUUUGACGCCAGUACAUACCCAUCUGCUCUAGGAAUCCUUGUAGCAAGCUAUCUAUCACAGCCUUUUGUGUCCCUCAUCGAGGGUAGCAUGCGCCAAAAGAACAAAUUCAAUUUGAUGAUGAAUUUAUCUUACGGUGUAAUGACAUUGCUCAAUGUUAUCAUUGGAAUAGUUGGUUAUGUCUCAUUUAAACUUGAAACAGCUGAGGUCAUAACAAAUAAUUUACCGGAAGGUUCUUUUCGAAUAGCGGUGAAUGUAAUGGCGGCGGUGUUGUCUUUUACUUCCUACACGCUACCAAUGUUCACCAUUUUCGAAAUCAUCGAGAACUCCGACCUUCCUUGUUUGCCACGGAACUUCGGUCAGUCUAUCUUUAGUCCAUCCGUUGUCGUGUUUCGUUUGUCUUUGAUAUCUAUAAGUGUUAUUUUUGCCGCCACCUUUCCUGCAUACACGUAUUUAUUAGCCCUUGUAGGCAGUAUAGCUGGUAUCAGUCUGGAGUUUAUAUUCCCGCCACUGUUUCAUCUGAAGAUCUACUGGCAAGACAUGUCAUGGUGCAAUAUUUUGGCAGAUACUGCUGUUGUUGGGACUGGUUUUGCUGUGUUGGUGUCGGGGACUUUGAGUUCUGUUCGUUCAAUCAUUCAAGUUUAUAGCCAGCCGAUAGCUAGUCCCUGCGAUUGAAGAAACGAAAGUUCGAUUGGGACUAAUUGCCGAGUCAAUGAACAAACCUCUAUAAGACAUAAGUCUAAUUAACGUCCUCACUGUGGAAAAAAACGUACCUGCCGGAACCGGGCCUUGAAGUUUUUUCCGUAAAAAAAUUAAUUCAAUUUAUUCGGUUUUCACCCUCCAAACAAACCAACACUCCAAAUUCAAAGUCGAUCUCGUAGCACGAACAACGAAUUCGUCAGAGCUCUUUCGUGCAGUUUCUAAGUAAAUUGUAUUCACAUUUCAUUUAUAUUAAAAGCUCGUGUCAUUCAAGUCGUCGCCGUUUUGCUGCGAACAGUUCAGUUAACUCGAUAAAUGAUGGCCAGCAAUAGCAGUUCAGCAAUUCAAAUAUUUUUAUCAACUGAAGCUGACCAUGAUACAAACUGCAAAAUAAACAAUCUUUUAAGUCCGGACCUGAUAUGAUCACUAUUCUCAAAAAACUCGACAGUUUGAUUGGUUUGUUUUGAUAAUUUUAGGGCUUCAUUUUGAAUAGUUUUGCCCGAGGGUGAUAUUAACAAGAAGUUUCGUGGUUAAAGGGAAUUCACUACCCACAUGUCAUGGGAAGGAAAAUUGAAAAUUUGUUCGUCGGCCAAUAAGGUAGUGCAUGGCAAGCAACCUGCAACCAUGCUCAGAAAAUUGUUAUGAGAUCAUAAUUAUAAUGUCGGCAAAAAACAAACUGAGGAAAUUUAUAUCCUUGUGGUUAUCUAAAAAAGUUUGCUUACGUUGGCUAAAAGCACUUCCAAAGAAAGAAUGAGUUCGGUAAGAACGACUGUCGUGGUGCUGUAAUUUUAUUUAGCUCCAAAUUUCGUAACGAGAUUCCCUGAAGCCCGCAUGGCUGCUUGGUAUUUCCACGCAGGAUUUUGUUGGGAGAACAGAAGAUGGGAUUGCACAUUAUGAGUCCUACUUGAGAAAGAGACUUGAUUUCUAAUCUGUAAGGGAAAACGAGGGUACAGUUGUAUACGCUAGACGGUAUUAAUAAGUAUGCAAGUAGCACUUAUUGUUUUCUUUGUAGAAGCCUAAGCCACAAGAAGAAAAUAUAUACAUAUAAUAAAGUAGGCCACACAUAGUGGCCAAAGGGGAAUAGGGUGUUCUUCGAAAGGAGUGUAUUGUUGAAUCUAAUUUUGCAGAUUUUGCUCACGUGAACGCGCGCAUUUUAUCCCUCGCUGAAACAUCCAAGUAAAGCGUGUGGUAACAUUUUCCGAGGAGGGACUGGAGCGCUUACCAUUUUUACCAGAACAUCCGGAAAUUUCGGUUGAAAGUCAAAUGGGACAGUACUUUGUCGGAAAAUCCGUUCGGAAACUGCGCACUUCUUCCAAAAGGCUCCUCUUUUUCUGUUCGGAGUGGAACGGUGGAAACUUCUUUGCCAUUUGCUGAAUUCUGCAGUUUCCUGUCUCUGGUCGACAGAAAACAAUACUGGAAGUCAAAUUGUAAUUGGUAUAAGCGCCAUCUUGUUCGGUUGGUUUGCUAAUUUUGUAAAUACCUUACAUAUGGGGAUAAACACUCUCCUCUUCAUCUUCUUUUAUUGGAGGAAGGGAUUCAUUUUCCGCCUUGUUCCCCACACGGGGGGAAGGAACAGAUGAUGACUAAAAACAGUAACGAGGUAGUAAGAAAACAAAAAUGGAACAAAGAUGGUAAAUAUUGGGCAAGAUAGACACCGAUUACGAACUCGAGAAACUUGAAAAAGCAGGCUAAUUUAUUUUCUGUGGAUGCGCCAUCGAAAACAUAAGUAGUUUUUCAAAUUAUCAAUGGCUGAAAAAAAACCCUAAACUCUCGAUUUGGGUCCCAUCCUUAGUUUAUAAUGCCGCAUUUCUAUUCCAUUUACCUUCUAUAAAAUACUUAAAAAUCGUUCUCAAAUAUAUCUUCUUCAGUAGCUUGGAAAAAAGAACAAAAAAGCACACCUCCGACGGGACUCGAACCCGCAAUCUUCGGCUUAGGAGGCCGACGCGUUAUCCAUUACGCUACAGAGGCUGAUGUUGAUAAUAUACAGCAAUUAAAACGUUAUACUUUAGUGAUCUACAGUGUAUUGGAAACUCUAAUUCUCGAUUCCAGUGCAAUCCUUAGUUUAUAAUGCUGUAAACUUCUAGUGCUGUUCAAGAACGCGAUGUUUCUCCACGUUUCCAUUCCAUUUACCUUUUAUAAAAUACUUGGAAAUCGUUAGAAAGUAUUUCUUCUUCAGUAGCUUGGGAAAAAAAAAAGGAAU